CCAUUAUUUUCUUUAUUUGAACUAGAAGAGAGAGCCUGGUUAUCAAAACUGAACUGUGAGGUCGUUUGCAACAGUUACGUGGCUCUAUCUCAACCCAUCUGGAUCAAGCAGACACUUGAAAAGGAAUCCUGAAUCCAGUGGUGGUGGAGAGACCAAGAAUGCCAGUGAAGAAGAAAGAUACUGACCGAGCUUUGUUAUUACUGGAAGAAUACUGCCAAAAAUUAAGAAAACCAGAGGAGCAACUGCUGAAAAAUGCUGUGAAAAAGGUCAUGAGUAUUUUUAAGAGCAGCUUAUUUCAAGCUUUGCUGGAUAUUCAAGAAUUUUAUGAGGUGACAUUAUUAAAUUCUCAAAAAAGUUGUGAGCAGAAGAUAGAAGAAGCCAAUCAAGUUGCACAGAAGUGGGAGAAGACUGCCAUUCUUGCUCUAUGCCAUGAUGGUCUACAAAAAUCAGCAGAGGUUACAGUUUGCAGUGAACCAAUGGAAAAUGCUUCUUGCAUUGAGCAAAAUAAAGAAAAUCUGUGUUUUGAGAAUGAAACUGAUGAAAAAACAUGUCAAAAUCAAGGCAAAUGCCCUGCCCAGAACUGUUCAGUGGAAACUCCUGCUUGGAUGCCCGUCCACCACUGUCCUAAGUAUCGAUACCAAGAUGAGGAUGCUCCACAUGAUCAUUCCUUACCUCGGCUAACUCAUGAAGUAAGAGGUCCAGAACUGGUGCAUGUAUCAGAAAAGAACCUGUCUCAAAUAGAGAAUGUCCACGGAUAUGUGCUACAGUCUCACAUUUCUCCUCUGAAGGCUAGCCCUGCUCCUAUAAUUGUGAACACAGAUACUUUGGACACAAUACCUUAUGUCAAUGGAACAGAAAUUGAAUAUGAAUUUGAAGAAAUUACACUGGAGAGGGGAAAUUCUGGCCUGGGAUUCAGUAUUGCUGGAGGGACAGAUAAUCCCCACAUUGGAGAUGACCCUGGCAUAUUUAUUACGAAGAUUAUACCAGGAGGUGCUGCAGCAGAGGAUGGCAGACUCAGGGUCAAUGAUUGUAUCUUGCGGGUGAACGAGGUUGAUGUGUCAGAGGUCUCCCACAGUAAAGCAGUGGAAGCCCUCAAAGAAGCUGGGUCCAUUGUGAGGCUGUAUGUGCGUAGAAGACGACCCAUCCUGGAGACCGUUGUGGAAAUCAAGCUGUUCAAAGGACCAAAAGGUUUAGGCUUCAGUAUUGCUGGAGGUGUGGGGAACCAGCACAUUCCUGGAGACAACAGCAUUUAUGUAACGAAAAUUAUAGAUGGCGGAGCUGCACAGAAAGAUGGGAGGUUGCAAGUAGGAGACAGACUACUAAUGGUAAACAACUAUAGUUUAGAAGAAGUAACACAUGAAGAGGCUGUAGCAAUAUUGAAGAAUACAUCAGAUGUCGUAUAUCUAAAAGUUGGCAAACCCACCACCAUUUAUAUGACUGAUCCCUAUGGUCCACCUGAUAUUACUCACUCUUAUUCUCCACCAAUGGAAAAUCAUCUACUCUCUGGCAACAAUGGCACUUUAGAAUACAAAACUUCCCUGCCGCCCAUCUCUCCAGGAAGGUACUCACCAAUUCCAAAGCACAUGCUGGUUGAAGAUGACUACACCAGGCCUCCGGAACCAGUUUACAGCACUGUGAACAAACUGUGUGAUAAGCCUGCUUCUCCCAGGCACUAUUCCCCUGUUGAGUGUGACAAAAGCUUCCUUCUCUCAGCUCCCUACCCCCACUACCACCUAGGCCUGCUCCCUGACUCUGAGAUGACCAGUCAUUCCCAACACAGCACUGCAACCCGUCAGCCUUCAGUGACUCUCCAGAGGGCCAUCUCCUUGGAAGGGGAGCCCCGCAAGGUGGUCCUGCACAAAGGCUCCACUGGCCUGGGCUUCAACAUUGUGGGCGGGGAAGACGGAGAAGGUAUUUUUGUAUCCUUCAUUCUGGCUGGUGGACCAGCAGACCUGAGUGGGGAGCUCCAGAGAGGAGACCAGAUCCUAUCGGUGAAUGGCAUUGACCUCCGUGGAGCGUCUCACGAACAGGCAGCAGCAGCACUGAAGGGGGCUGGGCAGACGGUGACAAUCAUAGCACAAUAUCAACCUGAAGAUUACGCUCGAUUUGAGGCCAAAAUCCAUGACCUACGAGAGCAGAUGAUGAACCACAGCAUGAGCUCCGGGUCCGGGUCCCUUCGAACCAAUCAGAAACGCUCCCUCUACGUCAGAGCCAUGUUUGACUAUGACAAGAGCAAGGACAGUGGUCUGCCGAGCCAAGGACUUAGUUUUAAAUAUGGAGACAUUCUCCAUGUUAUUAACGCCUCCGAUGAUGAGUGGUGGCAAGCCAGAAGAGUCACACUGGAUGGGGACAGUGAGGAGAUGGGUGUCAUUCCCAGCAAGCGGAGGGUGGAAAGAAAGGAGCGUGCCCGAUUGAAGACAGUGAAGUUCAAUGCAAAACCUGGAGUGAUUGAUUCAAAAGGGUCAUUCAAUGACAAGCGUAAAAAGAGCUUCAUCUUUUCACGAAAAUUCCCAUUCUACAAGAACAAGGAGCAGAGUGAGCAGGAAACCAGUGACCCUGAACAACAUGUUUCCUCUAAUGCCAGCGAUAGUGAAAGUAGCUACCGAGGACAAGAAGACCUCAUUCUUUCCUAUGAGCCUGUCACAAGGCAGGAAAUUAACUACACCCGGCCAGUGAUUAUCCUGGGCCCCAUGAAGGAUCGAAUCAAUGAUGACUUGAUAUCUGAAUUUCCUGAUAAAUUUGGCUCCUGUGUGCCUCAUACUACGAGGCCAAAACGUGACUACGAAGUGGACGGCAGAGACUAUCACUUUGUCAUUUCCAGAGAACAAAUGGAAAAAGAUAUCCAAGAGCACAAAUUUAUAGAAGCCGGCCAGUACAAUGACAAUUUAUAUGGAACCAGUGUGCAGUCUGUGAGAUUUGUAGCAGAAAGGGGCAAACACUGUAUACUUGAUGUAUCAGGAAAUGCUAUCAAGCGGUUACAAGUCGCCCAGCUCUAUCCCAUCGCCAUCUUCAUAAAGCCCAAGUCUCUGGAACCUCUGAUGGAGAUGAAUAAGCGUCUAACAGAAGAACAAGCCAAGAAAACCUAUGACCGAGCAAUUAAGCUAGAACAAGAAUUUGGAGAAUAUUUUACAGCUAUUGUCCAAGGAGACACCUUAGAAGAUAUAUAUAACCAAUGCAAGCUUGUUAUUGAAGAGCAAUCUGGGCCUUUCAUCUGGAUUCCCUCAAAGGAAAAGUUAUAAAUUAGCUACUAAGCCUCUGACAAUGACAGAAGAGCAUCUAGAAGAACAAAAUAUAUAUAAUAUACUACUUGGAGGCUUUUAUGUUUUUGUUGCAUUUAUGUUUUUGCAGUCAAUGUGAAUCCUUAUGAAUGUACAACACAAACUGUGUGAAGCCAUGAAGGAAACAGAGGGGCCAAAGGGUGGGACGGAAAAGACAUUGCAGUACGCAGGAAGGUUUUGGUUUUCUCAAAGUACCAGGUGUAGGGAUGAACCUCUGAUGGGCUUUCUGCCCUAGAGAUGGGCAGCCUCCUCACCCCAGCAGAUGUCCAGAGCUGAUUCAGCUGCUGAGCUCUGUGUUUUUGGCUUUAAAGAAAAGUUGCCAGCACUCAAACCUCACCAACCUUCCCCUUCCCCACAUCUGUAAUUGGUACACUUUGAAUUUUAUAACUAUGCACAUCCUUUGAUUUCUUAACAAGCAAAGGAAAUGAAGGAAAAAAGAAAGGAGUCCCUUUGGAGAAGACAUACUAUCAGGGGCGGAUAAUUGCAUAGUUUCCUUGACUGGCAUCAAAGACAAACAUGUCAUAAAAUUCACAAGUGUAUGGAGAACUAACCGUACUGAGAGGAGGGGAUUCCACCUGGAUGAGCUUUCUGAGUGUUGUCUAUUUUGCCAUUUAUAAACUGAAAGAAGGCACUAAAGAUGAGAAUAAUUUAUACAAUAAAAUAUAUUAAAUGUAUAGAAAUGAAUUUCUAUAGGUUAAAAAAGUUUUGUGAAAUAUUUUGUAAAGUCUAAAACUCAUUGAAAGACUAAGUGUAUGCACUCUCGGCAGAUGAGCAAACCCGAGAGCUGGAGGUUGUGGUCUCCCUUUUGCUGCCAAUGAUCCAUUCAGAGUAUCCAAGUUCCUUCCAAGUCUGAUGAAGACUUCUCCCUCACUCACCUCCCAUCAUGUCCCAUGAACACAAGCGAUGCACACUUACGGAGCACAUCCCUUUAAUGAGCUGCCCUCAUGGGUAUUUUUAGAAGAGAUUUGGUUAAUACACGUUCUGAGCUGAUGGCUUUUCAGAGACAAACUCGAGCAAAUGAGCUGAAGGGAACUUUUGCUUUUCUCUAGUUAAAUAACCUGAACCCAUUAACGCAGAUAGCUGAAUAACUUUAUUCCUAGUUACUUGCAUACAGUUCUUAAAGGACCACUUAGUAUUCUGGCAAACCAAGAGUCAUUAGGAUUAUCCUUUUUUGGUUUCACAGAGCAAUUGUGUGUUUUGUAACAGCCUGAGUUGGUAUUCUAUGGGGAGAUCUGUCCUAAGAUGCACUAUUUUCUCUGAGGAAGAGAGAAAAGAGAAGUUAUCUAGUUGGGAGGGGUGAGGGGUGCACUUUUUGUCUCAGUAUAUAGGGCAAAGAGAAACACAAGGAUCGACAAUUUAUGACUUUGAGCUCAACCAAUUGAAUUGCCUUCUUUGGCGCUGCACCUGGACCAAGUUUAUUUUUUUAACAAUUAUAAUAAUGAUGAUUUAAAAAAAGAAACCUCCCGAAGCCUAUAAGCUGAAACAGAAGAGUUAGCUUCCCACUUUAGAGCUGAUGGUGACGCCAGCACUGGUUCUAACCAUGGUGUUCAGAGAGAGACUUUUCAGUGAUAUUAAUAACCACUCAACUCUGGGUUCUGUGCAUGCCCAGAUUAAGCCCCAUCGCCUUAUUUCUGGGGUACAUCAAGACCUGGCAGGGAUUCUGCCACACUGUGCAGCCAACCAGCAUGUAGGCUGGAGUGGGAGAGCAAAAGACAGAGCCAUCAAAGUGAUGGGGCUUCUUCAUAGUUAGAACAUCAGAGCUCAAAAAUUAGAGUCUCUUUCCAAAAGCAAGGGUCUUUCAUCUUUUCCUAAAUACUGUUGUCUGCCUGGCUGCAGUCACCAAAACGAACAUAAACAUGCAAAUUUAUGCAUCUACCUACAGUCUUGAGGCUACCUUCGCCAAUGGAAGGGCUAGCAAUGAUGCAUUUUUCCCUCAAUGAAAGUUCAAUUUUCCACAGACAGCGUUAGAGGGCUCAAAAUGUUAAAGAUAUGUCCAUGUCUGCAACUCACCAGUUUCAGGACAAGGCCAACUUCCAUCCUAUUGCUCAGAAGUCUUCUGCCACUAGAACGCCAUUCCUGAUCCCAGCUCUCUUUUUAGGCCACCAUGAUAACUUCUUUGGUUUCUCCACUGAGCAUGCAACCAUUUAUUUAGAGGACUGUCAUUAGUGAGUAGAUGUUUUCUCCAGUCCUGUGAUGUGCUUUCCAUUUAAUAGUAUUGCUGUGACUGAGUACAAUCAAACUGAACCACCAACCCUUGGUUUUGUAGUAAUAUAUUUAUUUUCCCAGUGUAGAUGCUUCCGGAUUAGAAGUGGCAUUUGCACUGAUUUUUAUGUAGAUUUAUAUAAAUAUAUAUACAUAUAUAUAUUUGCUUGAAGAAUCACCAAGCACAUUGGUGAGAGGGUCUUUUCCUAUAGAAUUUACACCUCCAUUUUGUUGUGUCGUCUUGCGCUUCCCAAUGUUGAGGUCUCUACGGCUCCAAAGAACUGGUGUAUUUUGCAGUAAAUCCAACGUUACUGAAACGGCAUGAAAGUCACCCGGAUCACAUCUGGUGCAAAUGCACCUGGAGCCUUGGGCCAGACUGGUGCUAACACUGCAAACUUUGUCCGGAGCUCUCUCCAAUCUGAAGGCUUUCUGGGGUCGCAGUGUCACCUUCACAUGCUGGGCCCUUUCGGAAAAGUGCCAGACCGUGUCACUGGUGCUAUUUUUCAUGCUCUGGUACAAUGUGUAGCACCAUGGGGGUCUCAGCUUUACCAAACUCAAAAUCCCAUCUGUCAGCCAAUUGCUGGGGCAUUUGUUUUUUUUUUUUUUGCUCUCCCACGGGACUUGGUGGCCUAUUAUUUGAAGGCCUUUUCUCCCAGGCCCAAAUUUUGGGGUUGGCUCUAUCUGCUUAGCAAGCCCAUCUAGAUAAAGCUGCACUGGGGUGCCUCUGUGAGCUGUCUUAGAUCCUAUGGCCAGCCCUUCAGGACUGAGCUAGGGCAAUGCUCUCCAUGCCUCUGGCUCUCACCCAUUUUUCCCCUCCUCUUUUCCUACCAUUCUCUCGGUCGUCUUGUGUCUCUGCUUUUAUCAAAUUCCUGAGUUGUUGACCUGCAACUUUAUUGCUUUGUCCGUCUCUCCUUUUAUCUCAGUCUCACGUUGCCCUUUUUCUUCCUUCCUCCCAUCCUGUCCUCUGCUCUCUUCACCUCUCUGGUCAUCCCCACACCACUCCCUAGUUUUUGUGUCCUAUAAAGGGCUCAUGGCUGAAUCAGACAGCAAGUCCACACAAUGGACUAAUGACACAAAUAUUUGGGGUCACCAUUUUACCCACUCAGCCAAGAAAGCAAAGCUGAGUGUGAGGCCCUGACCUGUAGCCUGACUGCACCGCUGCCUCGGCAGUGACGAUGCAAGUGCUGUGGGCCCCGCGGCACCUGGAAGCCGCUGCCUGGACCUGUCCCUCCAGGAGCUCGCUGCCAGCACCACCCAGGCUGAGGACACUUCUUUCUACAGAGGCAGAGUCUGGCCCCAACAACUAUCCUAACAAACCUCUUCCUUUUCAUUGAAGCCAUGACACUGCCCUGGUUUGGAGAGAGGUGUUUUUUUCUUUCCCCCGCCUACUUUUUCCUAUUUUCAUGUGAAGCCCCCUCUGCUUUUCAGCUGGUGAUUGCUCUGGUGAGAUUGAAUGGACUCGCUAGUGAAAUGACAUCUUUUUUUUUUUUUUCCUGCCUUGGUCCUACCUAAAAUUCCUACAAAAACAUUUACUCCAAGGACUGAGGCCAGUUCCUAAAUUUAUCAUACUAAUAUGUCACUCCUGGGAAGGGGGAGACAUCAGUUCCCUUAAAGCAUGUGGAGUACUUCCUGUGAUAACCGAUUUUCCAGGAAACUCCCUAGAGAAUUCUGUGGACAUGGAUUAAUUACUUAAGCGUAAGGUAUGUAUGGUAUGCACACCAUGUAUACACAUACUACACUAGCUAUGAAUUAGUGUGGUUGGAAACACAUACAUACUCAGUCUGUAAAUAUCCUUCCUCACUGAAACCUGUGCUUCAGAAAUCAUUUUUUGUACAGCUGUGCAGUUUCUUGUAGCAGCUGAAGACAAGCUAAGACAGGCAGAGAAUGUGGACAAAGAUCAGCUGAAAGAGUACAGUAUCUCCCUAGCAGCUUGUGCAGGCAGACAACCAAGUGGCAAGGUUGACUCCCAAUGGGAUGGCAAAGUUUUCUCCUCAAAUUUGUGUUUCCUAAGUGUAUCUUAACUCCUGAGUGCACCAGGUUGUACCCAUUAGAUCCUUUUACUAUGACAAUUCUGUGCUUCUCUCUGACAGGAUGUUUCUCCACUGAGCUGUAAUGCGGAAUGGGAGGGGAGGGGAAUUACUCCUUGCCUGACUGGAGUUUACAGAGACACUGCACAGCUUACACUCCUGUUAAGUGUAAAUAUUCAACACUUCCAUUCCAUUUGUGUAAAAAAUAAAGCACACACGAUUAUAAAAUCAA